AUGCAAAUUUUGAAAUUAAUGUACACAAAGAGCAUGCUCCAAGAAAUAAAGACCCUACAAAAGCAUAAGCAAGGCAGGAACGGCACCCAAGGCCACAGGCGCAAAACGGGCCGCGGCACCCUCGUAGGUGGAGAUCAAAGCCGACGACGACGGCUGUGGAGCGUACGACUGUGUGAUGAUGUUGUUGGUGAUGACAUCGACAGUGCUUUCUGGAGCGGACGAAAGCGUGGUCACAGUGGACUCCUCGCACUUGUUGUCGGCGCACGAAGUGAUGGUGAUGACUUGGGUGGAGGCCGAAACAGCAGGAGCAGGAGCAGACGAGACCGCAGGAGCAGGAGCUGGAGCAGAAGAGACAGCAGGAGCAGGAGCUGGAGCUGGAGCAGAAGAAACGGCUGGAGCUGGCGCAGAAGACGCCUCGACCUCACCGGAAAGCGGACAGAAGGUGGUGUACACGCUCUCAACGCCGUUGAUGGUGGUAGUCAACGCAGUGACACCAGUGGUGACUGGAGUCUCGGCGCACUUGUUGUCGGCGCAAGAGGUGACGGUGAUGACAGUGGUCUGGGCCUUAGUGACGGUGGCAGCAGACUUGGCCUUUUCGGAGGUGGCAGAGGCAGGAGAGGCAGUAGAGGUCUUAGCCUUGGCUUCGGUCUCGGUUGUCUCGGCCCCAGUUGUCUCGGCAGCCUUAGUUUCAGUCGUCUCGGCUCCCGUCAAUGGGCAGUAGGUGGUGUAGACGGUCUCGACACCGUCAACAGUGGCAGUGACAGUGGUGACGCCGGUGGUGACGACAGUGGCCGAACACUUGUGGUCGGAGCACGAGGUGACGGUGACAACGGUGCUGUGGAUGUUGGUUGCGGUGGCCACUUCGGUGAUUUCCGAGUCAGAGGAAGAGGCGGAAGCGGCAGGAGCGGCAGAAGCAGCAGCAGAAGCAGCAGCAGAAGCAGAAGCAGCAGAAGAGUCGGCUGUGGCAGAAGCAGUAGCAUCGGCAGUGGCACUGGCGUCGUUGUAGAUGGACGUUAUUGGCACCGCCGUGACGUAUGUGGUCAAAAUGCCGUCAACAGUGGCCGUCACAGUGGUCAAGACAUUGACGUCGGUGGUGGCAUAGCACACAUCGUCGGAACAGGUUGUUCUGACCGUGGUGACGGUCUUUUGGUUCGAGACAAUGUCUGUUUCGUAGAUAACCUGGUCGCUUUCGCUGGAGGCAGCAGUCAAGGACGCUGGCGCAACCGCAGCAGUGGAAUCCUCGACCACAGUGGAGCUCAAGGUGUUAUUGCUGUAACCCGAGAAACAGGUGGACGAAAGAAGCGUGGAGGUGUAUGUGGGGAGGUCGGCUGCAACCGAGGUUGCAAGAGCAAGACCAGAAAUGGCCAAAGCGAAAGACUUCAUUAUUUUUUUUUCCUUGAUGGAUUAUGGAGGUGA